CUGUCUUAAGGAACUCUUUGGUUUGACUCAAUUCUCUUGACUCUGCCUUGCUGAACUGUGACUGUGAAGUAUAUGAAUUGCGGCUGCCCAUCAGCGAACUCUUUCCAGAAUAAGUGUGUGUCAGUGAAUGUGACCCAGUGAAACCAGACACUGUCAUUGGAGCAAUGGGAUGAAAUCAGUUCCGGCCCUUUCCUUCUUCCCAGGUUUCCCCUCCUCUGGAGGGAGAGGAGGAAGGCCUAUGCAAAUGAGCAUCCCCUUCUAUAUAGGGGCUCAUUCUCACCCCCUGGUACCUUUGGCUGCUGAAAGGAGGACCAGUAUGGGUGUCCAGAGAAGGCGCUUCCUUCCUGUGCUUGUGCUGGGUGCUCUGCUGGCUUUGGGGUCUAUAGAAGGAUCCAGGAAUCAGGACUGGCGUGGCGUCUCGAGGCAACUUGUAACUAAAGUCUGGAACAAGCAGCUGUACCCUGAGUGGACAGAGGUGCAGGGGUCUAACUGCUGGAGAGGUGGCCAGGUGUCUCUGAAGGUCAGGAAUGAUGGGCCUACACUGGUUGGUGCAAAUACCUCCUUUUCCAUUGCUCUGCACUUCCCUGGAAGUCAAAAGGUACUGCCGGAUGGUCAGGUUAUCUGGGUCAACAACACCAUCAUCAAUGGGAGCCAGGUGUGGGGAGGACAGCCAGUGUAUCCACGGGAACCUGAUGAUGCCUGCGUUUUCCCUGACGGUGGACCCUGCCCAUCUGGUCCCAAGCCUCCGAGGAGAAGCUUUGUUUAUGUUUGGAAGACCUGGGGACAAUACUGGCAAGUUCUGGGGGGCCCGGAGUCCAAGCUGAGCAUUCCAACGGGUCACGCAAGGCUGGGCACACACACCAUGGAAGUGACUGUCUACCACCGACGGGGGUCCCAGAGCUACGUGCCCCUGGCUCACUCCAGUUCAACCUUCACCAUCACUGACCAGGUGCCCUUCUCCGUGAGUGUGUCCCAGCUACAGGCCUUGGAUGGAGAGAACAAGCGCUUCCUGAGAAACCAUCCUCUCAUCUUUGCCCUUCAGCUCCACGACCCCAGUGGCUAUUUGGCUGAGGCUGACCUCUCCUACACCUGGGACUUUGGAGACAGUACUGGAACCCUGAUCUCUCGGGCACUUGACGUCACUCACACUUAUCUGGAGCCAGGCUCAGUCACUGCCCAUGUGGUGCUGCAAGCUGCCAUUCCCCUUGUUUCCUGUGGUUCCUCCCCAGUCCCGGGUACCACAGAUGGCUAUGUGCCAACUGCAGAGCCCCCUGGAACCACGCCCAGGCAAGGAGCCACUACAAAGGGGCAGAUGCCGACCACGGAGCCCCCUGGAACCACGGUUGUGCCGACCACAGAGGUCACAGCUACGACCUCUGAACAGAUGCUGACCUCAGCGGUCACAGAUACGACGCUGGCAGAGAUGUCAACUCCAGAGGGUACCACACCCGCAAGGCCCUCUGGAACCACAGUGGCACAGGCAACAAUCACAGAGUUGGUGAGAACUACUGCUGAAGAAUUACCCACCCCUAAACCCGAGGGUUCAGAUGCCAGCCCACUGCUGCCCACACCAAGUUCUACAGGGUCCGUUAGCCCUCUACCGGAUGACACAGACACCAUAAUGCUUGUGAAGAGACAAGUCCCCCUGGAUUGUGUUCUAUAUCGAUAUGGUUCUUUUUCCCUCACCCUGGACAUCGUCCAGGGUAUUGAAAGUGCUGAGAUCCUGCAGGCUGUGCCAUCCAGUGAGGGGGAUGCCUUUGAGCUGACUGUGUCCUGCCAAGGCGGGCUACCCAAGGAAGCCUGCAUGGAUAUUUCAUCACCGGGGUGCCAGCCCCCUGCCCAGAGGCUGUGCCAGCCUGUGCCACCAAGCCCAGACUGCCAGCUGGUUCUACACCAAAUACUGAAGGGCGGCUCGGGGACUUACUGCCUCAAUGUGUCUUUGGCUGAUGCCAACAGCCUGGCAGUGGCCAGCACCCAACUUGUUGUUCCUGGUCAAGAAGGCGGCCUUGGGCAGGCUCCCUUGCUUGUAGGUGUCUUACUGGUGUUGGUGGCUGUGGUCCUUGCAUCUCUGAUAUAUAGGCACAGACUUAAGAAGCAGGACUCAGUUUCCCAAACGCCACAUGGCAGCACUCACUGGCUGCGCCUGCCUCCAGUCUUCUGCGCUCGCCGCCUCGGUGAAAGCAGUCCGCUCCUCAGCGGGCAGCAGGUCUGAGCAUUCUCCAUGCUGUGGAUUUCCUGGGAUUGACAGCAGUGCCUGUAUUUUCUGCAGUCUUCCCUCCAAGAUUACCAACCAAUAUCUGAAAUAAAUUCUCAGAACCUUGCGGUA